AUGACCAAGUAUUGCCGGGCGCCGCGAUGCUCCAACUCGGCCGGGCAGCCGCGGCGGGACCAGCGGCGGCUCAGCUUCUACAAGUUUCCCUUACACAGUCCUGAGCGUCUCCGGCAAUGGCUGUCUCAAAUGAACCAAGAAAAGUGGGUCCCAACCAAACACCAACACUUGUGCAGUGAUCAUUUUGCCCCUUCCUGCUUUGAGUACCGGUGGGGAGUUCGCUACCUGAAGCCCGAUGCUGUUCCCACCAUCUUCCAGACGUCGGACAGCCCACUGAAGAGGGAGAGUCCUCACAAACCGGCUUCAAACCCAUCGGCCAAGAAGCUGGCUCUCGAUUGCGAUGGAGAGAGGGGCACCCCAGCUGCCCAGACCCCGAUCUGCCAGGAGCCUAACGCCAUGGAGACCCUGGCCAUAGCCAUAGACCCCAGCGUGGCCGCCACGCCAGUCUACCUGGAGACCCAGUCUUCGGCUCCCAGCUUGGACUUCCAGACCCUCUCUGGACCCCUGGUCGGAGCGGUGAACCUGCUUCCUCUGGUCCAAAUUGUGGAGCCCCUCAAAGCCGUCACCCUGGCGGUGGCUUCCCCCACGCCAGCCCUGGCGGGCCAAGCUUUGCAGGAGCCCCUGGAGCAGCAGGUGGUGGACUUCGUGGCCUCCCUGCCCCCUGCCUCCCUGGGAGCCUUGCCGAGCUCUUCCCUAGGGCUGGCUGGGCAACUGUGCGCCGAAGUGGCCUUGCCCUGCGAACUGGUGGCAGUGGGCGACCAGCCCUCGCUCCAGGCCCUGAUGGCCGAGCCGGCAGCGGUGGCCGAGCAGGGGGCCCUGGUGAUUGAGAACAUCUCCAUUGAGCCGUUCCUGGACGGCAGCCCCUCCGUGGCCGUCCCCAUCCUGAGCCCCCUGCAAGGGUCCACCGCCACUGAGAUGGUGGCCUAUUUCGAGACCAUCCCCACCGCCCCCGUGGCCGCCGCGGCCUCUUCCGGGGUGACGCCCCCCGAGACGGUCUUGUCCUCGGCCCUCAGCCUGCCCAUCGUCUCCACCCUGCCCAUCGUCUCCAACCAGGCCCCCCCGGAGGGCGAGGAGCUGAAGCUGGACGACGGGAGCUCUGCCGAGUCUUCGGAGGAGCAACUGGAGGAGCACGGCUACCACCGGAACGAGGGGACGACGGCGGAGCUGGUGGAGGUGGUGAUGGGGCUGCAGAAGAAGGUGAAGGUGCUGCAGCAGAGGCACCGGCGGCACUGUGCCAAGCUGGACGCCAUGAAGAGCGUGGUGGAGCAGCUCUGGAAGGAGAACUUGGCGUCGGAGGAGAAACUGAAGCUCCUGGAGGUGGCCUGCCUGCAGUCCAGCACCUUCGUGCCAGAGAGCGGCGGCGCAGUGGCCAUCAUCUGCCAGGACAGAGACCAGGCCAUGGUCUACGCCGUGCCUCAGCUCUCCAGUGAAGGCAGCGAGACCAUCCUCCGGUUGGAAGAGCAGUGA